GAACAAAACAAAUUCUGUACAUACGAACUGUUUUGUGAAUUUCCGCAUAUAACGACAUUAGUUAUCUUAUUUUAAAACAUCAUUGAAUUUCUAGUUCUUCAGUCUUUGAUAAAAUUUCACUACUGAAUAAUUGUUGUAACUGUAACUAACUAUAUUUAUAUUAUAUUAAAAUAAUAUUCUAAGUAUAAUAUAAUAAUACACUGUAACGUAAUACUCAUUCCGAGUAAUCUCCUCGGCCUCGGAGUAAUCUAGCUAGAAGUAGAAGUGUACUAACAAGGUUUUUUAAACCAAAACAAAACAACUUUUCUAUACUCUAUCUCUAAUUUAGUCUAAAAAAUCUAUAAAUGUAUAAUCCUCAGCCUGCCUACGGCUACGUGGACGUAAAACUAGAAUAGAUCUAGUACUUAACUACUUGAAAUUUUAUAUUAUAAAAUAAACUUGUUUGAAUUAUAUUAAAUGAAAUUAAUUAGGAGGCCUAUUAAAAUUAAUUAAAUUUAAAAUGACUAUGACAUUACAUAGUCACAUAGCAUUAUGACGAUGUUGCUAUUUUGUUGUACACUUGUAUUGUAGUCUGCAGUUGAAGGCUGACACUGAUGAAAAUGAAUAUUAUAUAUUAGUAUUAGUCUUACUUAUUAACUUAUUAGUCUAGUAUUAGCUUAUUUAAGUCUUCUGUCUUUUCAAUCAAAUUUAACAUUUUUUUUCUUUUGACUAAGGCAGUGGUUGGCAAACUCAUUAAUCAAAAGAGCCAAAAAUCAACAGCAGGAUGAUCAAACAUUUUUUAUAGAGAGCCAAAUUUCUUUUUAAGAACCUGUUAAGAACAAUGUUUUUUGUUGUCACUCAGGUCACUAAAGAGUUGCAUGCGGCUCGGAAUCUCGAUUUGCCGACCACUGGACUAAGGCAAUGUCAUUGAAAAGUGACUUACUAAGUGUCAUAUAUAUCUUCAAUAACACACCACAUUCUAUUCUAUUUUUAUUUUAUUUUGGCAGCGUACUUUGCUAACAGUCUGUAGUCUAAGUAAAACAUGUCAUUUUGCAGUUGGGCUAGUGCAGAGCACUACAGGGAUCAUUUUAAGAAAGGUUUUUAUUAAUAUUAUAAAUAUGGAUAAAAAAUAAUCAAAAUAAAUUUCUUAUUAAUUAUUAAGUUUAGCAGGCCAUACAUACAUGUUACUACCCUUUUUUAGUCUAAACACUGUACACAGAGGAAAAUAAUAACCUAAAUCCUAAUUCUUGUGUAUGCAUAACAUACUAUGUUGAAAAAUAUCUCCAAUUUUAAAUGGACUUAAACAGUCCUCUCACUUAGAUCAAGCUAACUCACAAUGUGGAUUUUAAAAAAGAAACAGUGUGAAUAUUUUUCUGGUGCUCAGUUCAGUAUUCAAAAAUAUCCCAGCUCAGUCUCAGAAUAAAUGUUAAAAGUAAAUGAAAUAAGUAAUUUCUAUAGGUCUACUCGCAAAAAAGCAGUUAAUUUUCCUGCACUGACAUUGCAUUGUAUAUUUGUUAAAAUAUCUAAUUUGAUGAAACUGGAAAGAUUAAAAAAAAAAUUCUUUAGGGAAAAGAAAAGGACAUGAAUAGGCAUCAGAGUGAAAAACCCAAAAUAAGUAAAAAGGCAGUUUCUCUCAAAGAAUCCCCAGGAAAAUGGAAAAAGAGGCUCACAAUGAACAUUUGGUGAGGGGAUGUAGACAAAAAGAUAGAGAAAAAGGAAAAAACGGAGUAAGCACAGUUGCUGGAGAGAGAGGCCCAAGAUAUAGAUUAUAGUUAAAGAUCAAAAUGAAUGACCUAGUAAUACUAGUAAUGCAAACAAAAAGUAGAACACUUUUAAUAAUAUGCCUAUAUAUUUUUUAAAAUUAAAUGCAGUUAGUACUGGAAAAACAUGCGAAAUAAGUAAUUAUUAGAGGCUUUGUUGAGUGAAGAAAGUUAAGUACAUGUAAAGAUACACCUAUGCAAGCAAAUAAAUUAAUUGUAAAUUAAGCUGAAGCUUAUUAAACUGCUAGGAAAUUUUAAAUCAUAUUAGCUAAAUGUUAAUUGUAAUUUAAAUCAAUAAUAUUCUUUUAGUUUUAGUUACUUAUACUUCAUUUCAAAUUUAUUUUAGGUAUCUAUGUGUGUGUAAAGUGUGGACAUGAGUUAUUUAGCAGUAGAUCAAAAUAUGAGCAUUCUUCACCAUGGCCAGCUUUCACUGAGACAGUUCAUCCUGACAGUGUUCACAAGAUUCCUGAAUCUCCUUCUGCAAUAAAGGUUUAAUUGUUUGAUAUUUUUAUAAGCAAACUGUAGUUAUUGGAUGCAGAACUUGAAUGAUAGCUGUUAAGAGAAUUAAUUAUUUCAUUCAUAUUAAAUCAUGGAGUAUAGAAAUAUAUUUUUAAAAAUUUAACUUCUGAGAUCAUGCUAGAUCAAUAUUUUAUGAUUAUCGCCAUCCAAAAACUAAAUGUAUAUUCUAAUGUACAACUUUAGAAUAUUCUUAACCAAAACCUUUCUAUCUACUGUAUACCAUCACAUACAUCACUAUUUUCACAUAAAUACUGAAAUUAACUAAUUACUUUUUGGAGUGACAAACAUGUUUGUAUUUGUAUGCACAAGAGUUUAAAAACUUUGGCUACAGUCUGAUGAAUCAUAAUAAUCAUAUUUUGAUUGAUCACUUAGAAUGUUUUAGAAUUGUUGAGCUAAUAAAUUAAAAUCUUUAAAAAAUAGCAAUGUAAGUGAUUGAAAACCUCACUCUUAUUUAUGUUUUAUUUAAAAUACCUAUGACAUUUGUCUCCCACUCAGUGGCAUAGCUAGGGUUGGUGUCACCCGGUGUGUUAAACUCAUGGUGUCACCCCACCCCCCUCCCCAAUUUCCAUGAUGUUUUUUUUCUUGUUAAAAUAAGUCCACAAUAUAACAAUAACAAGAAGAAAAACAAAUAAAUCGAAAGUCAUGAAGUUAAUAUAUUUAAAAACGUUAAGUUAUAGCUGUAUUUACUUUAAAUUUACAAUUUUCCUUUCCUUGUCUUCAAAGCUGCAAACCUGUCAAUCACUUGAUCAAAAUCAAUGUUUUUCACUGUAUGACUUUCAAUUGAUAGCAGAGCCACAUCAGAAAACCUUGACUGUCACAUGGUCGAUCAUAAAUAUUUCUUGAUAAGCCUUAGUUUUGAAAAGCUCUGCUCACAUGAAGCCACAUACACGCCUAUCGUAAGAAAAAUUAAAGGCUUAGCGAGAGUAUUGGAAGAGAUUCUAUGAAGUCCCAUUCAGCUUUGAAUUUCAAAACAUAAAAUAUUGACCAUUCCAUGACUUUGAGAAAUCAGCUGCUUUUAGAUGUCUUCUAAGCCUUGAUAUUUCUUUUUAAAGUUCAUCUUCUGAUAACUCAGCAUUGAAAGAAGUUAAUUUUGGAACGGACACCAAUUACUCUUCUUCACUUGCUGAUACUAGACUUUUGGGUUGAACAGCCCCAAACAUAUCUGGUACUUCCUUGAUCACUGAUGAUCUGAUGUGGAGUUCAGAAUGAAAGCGAUCAAUACACUCCAGCAUCUCCCUACUGUUUUCUUCUCCCUGAAAGAGUCCAACAUCUAUUAAUUAAUAGUUCUCCUGCCAUUCUCUUCUUAAAUCUUCAUCUUCUCUCUACCAAAAUUCCAUAUUGGUCUGAUUUUCAAAGUGCCUUUUGAAUAGCAUAUUCCACCAAAUGACAGUGCUUCUCGUGCAGAAACAAUCUUAAGGCCUCUAGGUUUGUCAAAACUUUGUCAAGAGUAAUCCCUUAAAUCUGCAGAUAGUGCUGAGUAAGAUUAACUUCCUCAAGUAGAUCAGCCCAAAGUUAAAGGUAGCAGAUAAACGUGAAAUCACAGACAACAUGUAAAAGAUCUUGUGCUUAAACUCUUGUAUGCAAAUUUUUACAAGGUGAUGACAUAGAGCUUUAAUCGACUUCCAAAAUUAAUCAAACAUAUCUUUCACUGUUUUAAGAGUAGCAUGAUCAGCACUCCAACGUGUUGUUGACUGUCUUUUCACCGACAUUCCAGUGUGUUCGAUUAGAACAUUCCAUCGAUUAUUGGAUGCAGCAAAGAAGGAAAAUAUUCUUUCAAGAGUACCCAAUAAUGUAAUACAUGAAGCAUGUUCUGCAAAAGAGUGUUGACCACACAAGUUAAGUGAAUGGCCCACACAUCCAUUAAAAAUUGCUUUCUUAUUAUUUCUUUUCCGAAUGGCUUGAACACCUCCAUGGAUUCCAUACAUUAGGGCAGCAAUAUCGUAACCCUGAGCUCUGAACAUCAGUAUGUCUAGUCCAUCACGCUUUAGUUUGUAAGAAUGUCAGAACUGAGGUCAUCAGAUUUUUUUCAAUCUUAAUAUGAAAAAUGCAAGGAACAUUCCUGUCUUUUCAACUUUCCCAUUGUGGAUUAUCACAUAUCUGAUCACUACAAACAUCUGGUCACCGUGUGAUAUAUCAGGUGUACUUUCGAAAAUAAUUCCAAAAUACCUCGCAGGCUUUUAUAUCCAUGAUAAGAAUCUCCUUCACAUGAUUUGCAAGGACACUUAUAAAUUAAUUUUGGGUUUCUGGUGAAAGGUAAGAUACCUUUUGGGUUUCGAUAUAUAAUAUUAUAUAUGUCUUCAAAAAACUUUUCUUUAUUUAAACUUAAAUAAAAAAGAAUUAAUCAUUAAAAGAUUGAAAAUUGUGUAAAAUAAUAUUUUUUUUAACCCUAUCAAUUGGUAAAAUUCAUUUUUAAUGUUUUUAAUUUUUACCAAUUUUUAUACUUAUAACCGCCCGACCACACUUAUUUGGUAUCAAUGGAAAGCCAUAUUUCUCAGAAUUUAGAUAAAUAUAGCCUCUUGUCACUUAAGGAAGUUACCGAACACUUUAAACGGCAUGGACUGUGUUUUUCUGAGCUAAACAUAGGGUCAUCACAUUUCUCAUCCAUCAACCUUGAACUUUUAAUAAAGCAUGCAUUUGGAUUGGUUACAUUUGUGAAAAAUGUAUGUGUGAUUGGUUAUCCUUUUAUGAAUCUCAGUUAGACCGAGAACUGUGUGCUAUGUAAAUAUGCAAUUUUUCAAUCGGGUGUCACCCCUAAAAUGGUGUCAUACCGGUGCGGUCCGUACCCCCUGCUCCCCCCUCGCUACGCCACUGCCCCCACUUUAUUAUGUAUAUAAAAAAAGAAAAGUUUCAACAAGAUUGUUCUAGGAUUUUUUUUUAUAAGUUAAAUAAGCCGGAAUAUACAUUUACAUUUUUGCAAAUUGGUUGAGUAGCCCUAUUUCUAAUAUUUGGAUAAUUUAUCUAAGUGAACUAAGUGAGUCAACUUUUUCAACAUUAGUCAUAGAAUUGAAAAAAAAAUCAAAACUUUUAGGAUUCAAAGGUACCGGUAUGAAAAUUGAAAAGCUGAUGCUUCAUAUUUAACCUGUUUGAAAGUUUUAAUCAUGACUAAUGGAAUCUUUACUGUUUCAUAGAAAACAAUCUCACCCAUUAGAAAAAUUUCAAUCUUAUAAGAAUAUGCAUAUUAACAGUAUCUUAGCUAGAAUUCCUAUUGUUUUUUUAUGUUUGACAAAAAAUGUAUCCAAACUAUAUUUUUUUAAAACUUAACAUUCUCAUGAAAAAGUGUAGCUGAUUUUAAACAAAUACAUUUUUCAGAUCAGUUUAUUAAGUUAUUAAAAUCAUGUUUUCAACAUAUGAAAAAAAUCUUAACAGGUUCACUGUGGCAAGUGUAAGCACAGUCUGGGUCAUGAGUUUGUAAGUGAUGGUCCUCGUAGUGGGCAAUCAAGAUUUUGAAUAUAUAGUUCGGCACUAAAAUUUGUGCCAAAAGGUAACUAAUGCAGAAAAGACUAGAAUUUGAUAAAGCUGUUUUAGACAUUUUUGCAACACAAAAUGAUCUCCAUAAAGUAUGUUUAAUGUAUAACAAUUAGUUAACAGUUAUUUAGUUAUCAUAGCUAACGCUACAGCUUAGAAUGGGUAACAGAAUACAUAUUUUUGUUACAAUCAUUUGCUAAAGUAAGUGUAAAUGUUUUAGCUAAAAAAUUAUAGUUUAAAUAUCUUCUAAUGUUAAUUGAAGUAUAAUUUUUAAUUGUUUAUGGAGACUAUUUAAAAAAUGUUUUUUAAAAAAAAAUAUGAUUUACAUUUUUCAACAGAUGUCCCUGACCAAAAAUUAGGGGAUCAGAAUUAGAAUUUAUGUAUUUGUAUUUCAAAAAUCAAACAGAAAUUUAAAAGGUUAAUAAAACAUAAAAUAUUAAUUAGGAACUUGAGUAUUUGGAUUUUGGCUCUUCCUGGAGUGGAUUAUAUGUUUCGUCGAUGUACAUCUGGAAGGAAGGGAAUCAUCACCACAGCCCCAUUUUGAGACAAUUACAUUAUUUUAAAAAUAUUGAUGUUCAGGAUCAAAGUUUUAAAACAAACCUACAUUUGUAACUUACAUAAAAACUUUAAUUAUUAUUUUCUUACAUAUGGAGCAUGGAUUUAUGAUUUUAAGGACCACACUUGGUCACAAAAUAGUUUGGAUAAUGCAAUUUCUAUUUUAAUUACUUAAACAUUGUAUUUUGUAUUAACUAAAAGUAAAAGUGAUUGUUAAUGAACUCUGCCUCAAACAUGACAUGUUCAGGUAACAGCCCUCAGGGGAAAACUUGAAUAUCGAAACUCAGAAGGUAUUGUUCAUUAGUUAUGUUCCCUUUUCACAGAUCAAAUGUUUAUUUAAAUUUCUUUAAAAAAAAAAAAUUUAAAGUAAAAAUUAAUUAAUUUUUUAAAAUUUUAAAGUGAUUUAUUUAUGAAAAUCCAAAAUGUAUUUUCAAAUGAUCAGCUUCAUCGUGUCCCAGACCUAUUAGCCUUGAUUAACUGUCUUACAUAUUUAAAUUAUCGUUAAACAAUUCUGUCCAAUUUUUUUUUUAAAAAUUCAUUUUUUUUCCCAAGGUAGAAAAUUGAAGGCAGACCUAGAAACAUUAUUUUGUAAGUUUUUUAACUGGCAUUGACCCUCAUCACAAGUAUUCAUGCAUUGAAAUGUUUGUUCAGUCAUUUAUAAUUGUUAUUUAUAGCAUAUUUUUACAUGCAUUGAGCUAUUCUAUUCAAUCAUCUGGAACAACUUUUAUUUGUUCGAGCUAGAAUUGAUCCAUUCUGUCAUUUUAAGGAUGUUUUCAGCCUCACCUUUCCAGAGAACCAUUCCAAAUGACGAUGAAUUGUAAAUGAUAUUAUAAAAAUGCAAUCAAAUUACUUAUCGCUUCAAUUUUUUUGAAACUAAUAUAUUUGGGGAGGUUUCAUACCUAAGAAUAAAGGCAACAAUUCACUAUAAUUUUAGAUGGAGAGUUCAUCUACUUUGCUAUUUUGAAAGUUAACUUGCAGUUGAAAAAUUUUAAAUUUUUACAAUUUAAAUAUUUUUAUAUCCCACCAUUCCGUACGUGAUAAUAGAAGUGACAUCUGAACAGCAUCAAUGGUGUAUAAUGUUAUCUCAUUGUUUGUGAAAUUUUAAAAUUUAAAUUCACAACUAUUUGAACUAUAAAUAGCACUGGUAAUAUUAGCUAACAUAAUGAGUAAAUGUUUUUUUCUAUCAUUGCACUGAAUAAACCACAUACAGAGAAAAAAAAUAGAUAGAAAUAUUGAGGUCUAUAGUUUUUAAUUGGAAACCACAAUGCUGCUAUUGGCACUUAUUAAUAGACCAUUCUUUAAGCCUUAUCUGAUCUGAAAGUAAAUAAUUGGGAACUUUGCAUUAAAGAUUUUAUACAAAUUUUGAUGAAUUAUAUAAUAAAAUAGCUUCAAUAUGGCAUUGAUCAUUAGUUGAUUGGUGCAAACAACUAGUGGGAUCGUUGGUCAUAAAUUAUUUGGUUAGUCAGAAAUUUGUUUUUCAUAAAUUAUUUACAAAUGGGUACUUCUCUGUGCUGCUAAUAAUGUAAGUUAAUUAAAUAAUUAGUAAAAUGGUUUCUCAUUUUAUUAAAAAUUAUAUUAUUUGUCCAAAUAUGUCAUUACCAUUUUUCAUACCGCCUCUAUUCACCAUGUUAACUCUCAGUGCUGCCACUAUUGACCAUCAUGUUGACACAAUACAAUGUCAGUUUUCAUGUAUUAACCCUUGGUACUGCCACUAUUGACCAUCAUGUUGACACAAUGUCAGUUUUCAUGUUUUAACCCUUGGUACUGCCACUAUUGACCAUCAUGUUGACACAAUGUCAGUUUUCAUGUUUUAACCCUUGGUACUGCCACUAUUGACCAUCAUGUUGACACAAUGUCAGUUUUCAUGUUUUAACCCUUGGUACUGCCACUAUUGACCAUCAUGUUGACACAAUGUCAGUUUUCAUGUUUUUACCCUUGGUACUGCCACUAUUGACCAUCAUGUUGACACAAUAUCAGUUUUCAUGUUUUUACCCUCAGCAGUUUUACUUUUAGGACAAUACUGUAUAUCCUUUAAAUAACCAACCAUACAUUUUCAAUAUAACUUUUAUAUCAGAAUCUCACUUUAAUUUAUGCUCAUUUAUUUGCUUACUGAUGUAAACAGUUGUGCAAUAACAUAUAUGUUUUCAAAAAAGCAACAAAUUAUCUUAUUAACUGAUAAUUGAAAAAUACCCCAAAUGUGUGGGCAUGCACUUGAAGUAGGUAGACUUUUACUCAACUCAACAUACUUUUGAUAAGUCAUUGUUUGUAACUGUUGAAUCAAAGAUUCUAAACCAGCUUCAACAUCAUAUUUAACUGCUGGCUCCUUUAAGUAAGAUAUUUCACUUUCGGGAUCUUACAAUUAUUUUAAUGCAAAUUUCACUUUUUAAACUUAAAUGCAGUGGUUCCAAAUCUUUUCUAUACUGUGUACCCCCACAAAUAAUUUGACUAGUCUUACAACUCAAAACAAUUGUCGUAGCAUGUAAAAGAACAGUGCAUUUUAAAAUUGAUAAAAAAACAAACAACUAGACUUUUAAUUUAUUCAUCCAAUUGCAAAUAGCACUGUGGAACUUGUGACUUUGUACAUAAAGGAAAAUGUUAAUGAAGAAAUAUUUACAAAUAUAAAACAUUUUAUCAUAAUUUAUAAGCUAAUGAAUUCUCUGUUCUUAAAUCCCCUUUCAACGGACCCCCUGAAAUGCCUUUUCACACCCUCUGAGGGUGCGAACAAACCAUCUUGGGAACCCCUGCUUUACUGAAUUCCAAAUACACAAUUUAAAAAUUUGACAUUUUCAAGGGUCUUAUAAGUUUUUAAUCCUUAUUGGACUCAGUUUAAACUUGUUCUUACUUGUUGGAUUAUUUCUUAUUAAAAUCUGAUUUAAAAAAUGACAGUUUUAAUAUAUAAAGAUGUAUUCCUGAACACAAUGAUAUCAGAGAAUUAAUUUAGGUAUAGCUAUAUAUUGGUAUUUUGUAUAAUUUAUACUUAUUUUCUGCAUUAACUGUUUUCCAUGUCCAGAAUGGAAUUUUCAAGCAACGUUUCUGACUUAGAAUCCUAAUCAACAUGUUGAUCGUUCUUGUCUGACUUUUGCUUAAAUUUAAAAAUCUAUAUUUAAUAACUAAAUGGCCAGCAACUUUGCUCUAUAUUUUAAGGUUGUGAAAGUUUAAAAAAUACCAUUCGCAUAUCUAACAUAUCAUGGGACAUCAGAUCACUAAAAACCCUAAUCAUCAUGCCUAUAUAUUUAUUGUGUCACAACCCCCACCUUCCCUGAAAUCAAUAUACCCUGACCUCCUUUUUAAAACCUUUCAGAAUGUCUUGCACUAGAGGUUUUUAUUCUGGUCUAUAUUUUUAAUUACUCAGAAUGUUUACUUUGAUAUUUCAUGUGGUUUUUGUGACUAAAUUAACCUGUUUCUUGACUCUAAUAAAAAAAUGUAUGGUUAUAUUGAUGUUGGCUGCUUCAUCUUAGUAAGCUUU